AUGAUACAGAGCGCAGAGCACAGCGGGGCCCGCAAUUGGUUUGUCACUCCACCGCCGCCACAUGCGAACCAGGCCAUUGUCGAAGACAAUGUUUUGCCGGAGGGGGAGUUGGAUGACCCUUGCGUGCUCGAUGCGGACAGUGGCGCUCUCGUCGUGCACGCUGGCCCCGCCGACGGAGAUCUCCCCGGGUGCGUCGCGGAGGCGGAGCUUAUCCAUAUGCGCCAUUCCAAGAAGCGCCCGCCCCGACCAGCGCGCUUGAACUUCACGCAAGCCAAAUUCCUUUUCUUCUCCACUCGAUUGGGGGGCGACGUCAAGAAAUGGGCUUUCGAUCUAGCUUCGCGCAUUGGGGUUGUCCAGAAUCGGUUGCAUUUGAUUUUUGCCUACGUGCACUUUCUGGGGGAGUGCCUCGUACGAGAAACCGGGAUGCACGCUGCGAGUGCCGACGUGGUGUCGCGGUGGCGAUCAGGGGCAAAGCAGAUGGCGCCCGUCGAGGCAGCGUACAUGAACAAGCGCCAGCCAGCUAUGGACCGGAACCAAACCAUGCAGGCCAUCGCGCUGUGGGUGGCCCAGAAAUGCAGCGACGCGGAGCUGGUGGCGUGCGUGCGCGACCGCAAUGAUUACCAGGCGGAGCUGACGCUGUCAGGGAUUCAGAAGGUGCUCUGGAACCCGCGCGACCUCGACGAGGUGGACGGCAGUCCGAAGCCGGACACCUACUGCGAGUUCAGCCUGGAUCUCACGCCGGCCAUGGGGCUGCUCAGCUUCCAGGCCACGCACCUUGGGCCGAUGAAACAGAUGUGCGGUUGGGCACCGCGGCGGGCGAGACGGGGCGCGCGUACCCCCUCGGCGACACGUUGGUGGCCUUCGGCGGCAUCUUCUACCGCCGAGCGCCGAUCGCGAGCCCCGCGGUGGCGUUCGGCUACACGGCCCACACCCCGGCGCACCAGCAAGGAGCCGCCGGCGCCGCGGCCGCCGCCCUGGGCCCGCCGCCGGAGGCGCCGCGCUCGGGCGCCGGCCCCGCGGGCGCGGGCGCGCUGGCCAACAUGAGGAGCGCGAGGUCCUCCGGCAACCCUGGCGCCGCCGGCUUCGCGUCCCUGCGGUGAAGGGUUUGUGGCGGCGCCCGCAGGUCACGCCCGCGCUGCCCGGGCGCGGCAUCAGCUAGGGCCGAAUUCGAGCCGAGGCGCCAGAAGGCGGCGC